AUGCAGUCAUGGGCCGCUCGAGGCAGUCGAGCCAUCUCCGGCGCAGCGCGAUCACUCAUUCAGCCUGAACGAUAUUUCACCACGACCCCAGCCCUCUAUCGAUCCAAGAGAACACAAAAAGCAAAGGAAGUGAAGGCAGCCAAAGGAACAAAACAUGGGGAGGGGGCAGGACACACAAUUGCUAAACCCUUAUCGCCGAAAGGUUCUUCAAGGGUAGCUACUCGGCAAGGUGUUGCAGCUGCACAGGACUUCAGCCGCCUUGUGGAAGCUGCGGUACGCGAUGUACAACACAAAUUGCAUUCUACGGGCGAGUCGAUGGACGGAUGGGGUCGCUUCGAGCGUCAGGUCUUGAAUGCUUGCCGUGCAGGAGACGCAAAGGUGGGCGAAAAAUUUGGCCCAUUACGUCAGUUGAAGCUGUCUCUGCAGAAGGCAUAUCUUCGAUAUGGAGUUCAAGGCCUGCGGGAUGAGUUGGAGUAUAUGCUAUUCGCCGAUAAUCUUACGGCGAAGUAUUCGACUCCGAUGCUAGAAGCCCAGCGCAUGGUGGCCGACUGUCGCUACCCCGCUGAAUGGUAUCCUCGUGCUCGCUCCAUGCAACGGACAAUCCAUUUACAUGUUGGGCCGACCAAUUCCGGAAAGACUUACCAUGCCUUGAAGCGACUGGAAGCAUCGAAAUCGGGGUUCUAUGCAGGACCGUUGAGACUGUUGGCGCAGGAGGUAUACCAUCGGUUCAAAGACCAAGGGGUUUCCGUCAGCCUGGUAACUGGCGAUGACAUCAAAGUCCCAGAGAGCGGGCAAGUGCCGCGAGUUGUGAGCAACACAGUGGAGAUGGUCAAUCUGAGCCAGGAAUUUGACGUUGGAGUCAUUGACGAGAUCCAAAUGAUCGCUGACCCAAAACGAGGAUGGGCUUGGACUCGAGCAGUUCUAGGAUCACAGGCGAAAGAACUCCACCUCUGCGGAGAAACACGAGCAGUUCCGCUUAUUCGCGAAAUUUGCGCACUCACCGGAGACAAUUUGGAAAUCCAUCGUUACAACAGGCUCAACCCGCUGGAAGUCAUGACGCAUAGUUUGCGGGGCAACCUCAAGAAUCUGCAGCGAGGCGACUGUCUUGUCGCAUUUUCCCGAGUUGGCAUCCAUGCGUUGAAGGCAGAUAUUGAAAAAGUGACUGGCAGACGAGCGGCAAUUGUAUACGGUGGCUUACCUGCGGAGAUUCGUACCCAACAAGCGAGCCUAUUCAAUGACCCAGAUAAUGACUAUGAUUUUCUUGUUGCAAGUGACGCGAUUGGUAUGGGGUUGAAUUUCUGCAAGCGGAUCAUCUUCGAGACUCUGAUCAAACGUACUCCCAGUGGUCUUCAACGUCUUUCGGUAUCUGAAAUCAAACAAAUAGGAGGUCGUGCAGGUCGAUACCGCCCCGCUGGCGCCAAGGCAGGGCCGGACGAUGGAACCAAUGUAGGCCUUGUCACUUGCCUCGAAGAAGUCGACCUCCCAUACAUUGCUGAAGCAAUGAGCCUGGAACCCCCGCCCAUUCGUGCUGCGGGCCUGUGGCCACCAGAUUUUAUGUUCCAAAAGCUCGCCGGCUACUUUCCGAGAGGCGUGCCCUUUGAGUAUCUUAUCAAGCGCUUGAUGGAACUUGCUCAAGUCAAUCCAUUGUUUUUCUUGUGUGAUGCCGAAUCGCAAAUGAAAAACGCUGAAAUCAUUGACACGGUUAACGGAUUGCGUACCCAAGAUCAGCUGACUCUCAUGGCUGCUCCCAUGGAAAGUAAAGAUCCUUCCUCGCGCUCAGCCACUGGUGCAUUUGCCGAUUGUGUUGCAGACAACACGCGUGGACGGUUGUUGGAUAUUCCAGAUCUUAACCUUGAGAUCCUAGAAAAACCAGUCUCUGGGAACAAGGACUAUAUGCAUCAACUGGAAAGUCUACACAAAGCUAUUAUUCUAUAUUCCUGGCUAAGCUUCCGAUUUGGAGGUAUUUUCACCGACCGGACUCUAGCUGCGCAUGUCAAGGAGCUUGUGGAAGAGAGAAUGGUCCGCGCAUUGACCGAGUUCUCUGCAAACAAGAAACUGCGGAAGGAUGCUUCUCUCAAGCGCCAGAUUGCUCUGCAGAAGCAGAUCCUUGAUCAACAACGAAUCAUCUCUGACGAAGAUCUUAUAUCCCCUCAUAGUGAAGAGAGCAAUAUCCAGGUCAAUUUGUCGAGAGAAGAUCCGGUGUCCUCAUCCGGUAGGGAUCCUUCAGAUGAACCCUUGGAGGAAGGUUCAGCCGAAGCACCAGAAGAUGACCUCACGGAGGAUAAUUUUCCAGAUGCCUCACCUCCCCGUCCCGAGACCACCAGUACGAAUACUGGCUGA